UUAUCAUCUUGGUCUUAUAAACGAAUGCAGGUACGGAGGUACCCUUGAAAUUGCGUUUUGCAGUUUUAAAUAAUUAAUUUUUACAAUAUAGUACAUCGUGCUACAUCUUAAUACGUGACUGGAAGUUGAUUCAGUUGAUUGAGGUUUUGGCAAAAAACCGGUCAAAACUGUCUGCAAUGGUUUCCCUGAAAAUCCAGUUAAUUAUCGCACUUGUGACCAUCGACCAGGUCGUUCGGUUUUCCCUUGGUGUUGACUAUGACGAGAACGAUGUCGUUAUUCCUGCAGAUGUAUUUUCCGAUUCCGCCGCAGCAUCUGAACACGGGGAUGACGAGCAGGCAUUUCCGGUUCUGUGGCCCAACAGACUGGCCAUUCCCUAUGACAUCAGUGAUGACUUUAAUACCGAGCAGAGAAUGAAAAUUCAAACAGCGCUCAGAAUAAUGGAACGGCAAACCAAAGGAUGUGUCAUGUUCCAGAAGAUACGGUCUGCUGAAAAUGACACUGACUUCAUCUUUUUUAAACGGGGACAAGAAUGCCACUCUUACAUCGGAAUGGUAGGAGGACGCCAAGAUAUCUCCCUUGCCGAUGAAUGUUUGGAAAAGUCAGCGGUCAUCCUCCACGAGGUCAUGCAUGCACUAGGCUUCAACCAUGAGCAUGCGCGUUUCGACCGCGAUCAGCACAUCAUUCUGCACGAAUCCAGGAUAUUAGAGAAUGAAACGUACAAUUUUUACGCUUCUCCGGCAUCGUUUUACCACGGCACGAAGUACGACUACGAUUCCAUUAUGCACUAUCCGGCUACCACUUUCAGCAAGAACAGCACAUCACCGGUUAUUAUUCCACGACGGGGAUUAAUUGUCCGCAUUGGUAUGGGACAGAAUCUGCGCUUAAGCCCCGGAGAUAUCGCUAAAAUACAGACGGCCUACAAAUGUCCUGUCUAUGUCACUGAAAAGGUCAACGCGUCAACGGUAGUGGAGACCGAAGCGUUUCCGCUGUUCUCUUCGGAACCGAUGACCUCAGCGGAAUGUCUGUCGCAGAUAAACGACAACUGCUCGGCAACAAUCGUGUUUUUGCUGGGAAUGAUGGGAUGCAUGAAUUACAGUGCGCUGGAAAUACGUUGUAAUGCGGAUACCAAUAUUAGCGUGCUGGAAGGUAUGGCGGUGAAAAUGGCGGCAGGACCGUUGCGGCCGGUUAUGAUUGAAGCGAGAGGCAGACAGUUGGAAUCAAAUUCUUUUUCACCAGUGCGGAAAAUAGUAAUUAGACUACGAUUGAUGAACUGUACGAAUGAACGUAUAACCGGCAGAAUAGCCGAACUGAAUUUUGUCAAUCUGCUGCAUUUGGAAGCAUACGAGUGCCAAGAUUUGGUAAUCCGUCGGAUGGAUUUUAUGAAUUCAACCAAACUCCGUAUAAUCAUCUUAUACAGCACAACCAUAAAGCACCUGGAAAGAGACUCAUUUGCCGAUUUACCGAAUUUGAGAAUCUUGACCUUAGAAGCCCUGUGGAGCGGUCAGCAAUAUGAAUACGGGAAUUUCGCUCCGUCGAUGCGCAGUUUCCUGCGCAAUUUGCACUGCAAUUGCGAAUAUGCCUGGUACCGAGCGUGGUGGCACAGCAAUAGACAGUUGAAACUGCGAGUUGAAUACGGCGAAUUGUACGCGCUGGAGGGUAAUGUGGAAAGUCCAGCUUAUGUAAGAAAGGACAUCUACCAUCCUGUUGACUGCGCUGCGGAUCCCUUUCCGCUUGGGAUAUCGUGGGUUAAUUAUGAAAAUCAAAUCGAGUAUUCGAUUAACGAACCGAAAUGCAAUCCGGAGGCGCUGACCUUUGAAUUACCAAUGACUACUAUCCGGUUGCACGUGUGCCGGUUGAAGUUUCUGUCCUUCACCGAAAGGUGA